AUGGAAGCAGGACUACUCUUCUACCAAGGACACAUUGUGGUCCCAGACAUAGGGACCUUCAGAAUGGACCUACUACAGAUCUUCCAUGAUAGCCCCCUAGCUGGCCACCCCGGCAGACAACAAACCCUAGAAUUGGUGGCAAGGAACUACUAUUGGCCGGGAAUCUGUGCGGAUACAUACUGGCACAUAGACUCAUGUGAGACAUGUCAAUGGGUCAGGAAACCCAAGUACACACCAAUACUGCCCCAACCUCUUGAACUCCCUACUAGACCCUGGCAACACGUGUCUUACAAUAUGAUAGUAGAUCUACCCAAAGAUGGAAACUGCAACUCAAUCCUAGUCAUUGUUGAUAGCUUUACCAAGUAUGGGGUAUUUGUUAAAUGCUCCAAGAAACUGAAGGCCCCUGAACUAGCAGAGCUAUUCCUGGAACACAUCUGGAAACGGCAUGGUAUGCCCAAAAAAACAGUCUCAGACAGGGGAAGGGUUUUUAACAACAAGUUCCUGAAGGCGCUGUACAAACACCUGGGAAUGGACCCCCAUUUCUCCUUGGCAUAUCACCCCCAGAGCAAUGGUCAAAAGGAACAAGUCAACCCCUCCAUUGAACACUUCCUCAGGGCCUACUCAGGAGUAAACCAACAGGAUUGGGCCAAAUGGUUACCUAUGGCAGAAUUUGCUUACAAUAAUGCCAUAAAUAGUAGCACCAGAAAAACCCUGUUUAAAGCCCUGUAUGGAUGGGAACCCUCCUUGACCCCAUCCAACAUGCCAACAGACAUGCCUGAAGCCAACAACUUAGCCCAAGCCAUGGAAGCACAAUGGAAGGAAGUGGAGGCAGCGCUCCAGCAAUCCAAGAUACAAAUGACUGCCAGAGAAGAAGGAACCCCUGUGGAAUUCAAAAUUGGAGAAGAAGCCUGGCUUGACGCCAAAAACGUCAACCUCAGGACCUUAAGCCCCAAGCUAAUGGAACAAUGCCUGGGGCUGUUAAAGGUCAUCAAAAAGAUCUCUGAUUGCGCAUACCAACUUGAACUACUGCCCAGCAUGUGCAUCCAUAACAUCUUCUACAUGGGACUGCUGUCUAAAGUAAAAAGAGAUAACAAGCGCACCUUUGAGAACCAGCUGCCACUGGUCAUGGUAGACAGGGAAGAAGAAUAUGAGGUGGAAGGGAUAACAGACAUAGAAGAAAGGAACAGGAAAUGGUUUUUUAGGGUUAAAUGGAAAGGCUAUGGAUUGGAAGAGAAUACCUGGGAACCAAGGGAAAACCUGAAAAACGCCAAAAAAAUCCUGAAAAAAUUCGAAAAAGAGAUGAGGAAAAAGGCCCUUGGCGCUGCCAAGGCCCUUAGAGGGGGGGCAGUGUUGUAG